CGACUCCGCACACGCUAGUCACGUGGUGGCUAUGCCGGGGGCGGCUUACACAGCCCGCCUCCUCGUGGGGCUGUGAGGCGGUACCUGGGGGAUGCGGAAGCCUUUGGUUGUGUGCUAGAAGCGUAGUGCGAGAGGAGGCGGGGAGGGUCUGUCUGAAGCAAGCCCCAGGAUGGCCCUGGGUGUCGGUGGCUUUGCGGUGGGGCGCAGGGGGUGGUUGAAGGCUUAAAAGGGCAGGGGCGGGCAGGGGGUUCCCCUGUCCCGAGCAGAGCUGGAUGGGGGGGCCCUUGCCACCAUGGAGGGGGUGCUAUACAAGUGGACCAACUAUCUGAGCGGUGGGGGUGUUGGGGCAACUGAGAGAGUAUUUCCUGUAUUGUUCUGCAGAAUCUUCCAGCAGGCUGGCAGCCUCGAUGGUUUCUUCUCUGUGGUGGUAUCUUGUCAUAUUACGACUCUCGGGAAGAUGCCUGGAAGGGUUGUAAGGGAAGCAUCCAAAUGGCCGUGUGUGAAAUUCAAGUUCACCAUGCAGAUAGUACUCGGAUGGAUCUGAUUAUUCCUGGAGAACAGUACUUCUACCUGAAAGCCAAAAGUGCAGCUGAGAGGCAAAAGUGGCUGAUUGCACUUGGAACUGCCAAGGCCUGUCUGACAGACAGUAGGACGCAGAGAGAAAAAGAGCUCACUGAAAACACCGAAGCCUUGAAAACCAAAAUGUCAGAGCUUAGACUGUAUUGUGACCUCCUUGUUCAGCAAGUGGAUAAAACUAAGGAAGCUAGCAUUUGUGGUGUAUCAGAAUCAGAGAAUGGAAUUGAUAUGGGAGCUCUGUUGAAAUCAACAUGUAACACUUUCCUGAAGACUCUUGAAGAAUGUAUGCAGAUUGCAAAUGUGGCCUUCUCUUCUGAGUUAUUACAUCACACCCCAUCGGGAUCUCCCCACUUGGCUGUUCUCAGAUCAAACAAGGUAACCCCUCCCGUCUCCUCCAGUAGCACUACAACAGAAAGGCAGAUGGAAUUGAACAGUUGUGAAAAUGGCUCCGUAAAGGCAGAAACUAAUCAUUGUGAGCAAACAUUGUUUAACACUCUGAUACCCUCACAUCUGAAAUCUAAUGAGGGAGACUGUGACGUUUCAGCUGAAAACCAUGUUGAAAAGAAGUUGGCAGGUGAUGAAGUUAAAGACGAUGGAGGAAGCAAGAUGCUGCCCAUAGAGGGCAACAAUGCUAACGAAUCGCUGCAGUUGGCAAUGGAUUCCAUAAGUGGACCAGCUCCAUCACAUUGGGGAGAAGGAAAUGAAGAGGAUUUACCUACCUUCUUCAGUGUCAUGAACAAUAGGUUUAAUGACAUUGAACUCCAGGAGGGUGACGGCAUACCCACAGAGGAAUUUCUGCAAUCGUGUUACGCGAUAGUGCCAGUUUUGGACAAACUUGGACCAACAGUCUUUGCUCCUGUUAAAAUGGAUUUUGUAGGUAAUAUCAAGAAAAUAAAUCAGAAAUAUAUAACCAACAGAGAAGAGUUCAACACUCUCCAGAAGAUAGUGCUCCAUGAAGUGAGUGCUGAGGUAGCACGCGUUAGAAACUCUGCAACAGAGGCCCUUUUGUGGCUAAAAAGAGGCUUAAAGUUUUUGAAGGGAUUUUUGACAGAAGUUAAGAAUGGAGAAAAGAAUAUUCAAACAGCUCUGAACAACGCUUACGGCAAGACAUUACGGCAGCAUCAUGGCUGGGUUGUGCGAGGGGUUUUUGCGUUAGCUUUAAGGGCAGCACCAACAUAUGAAGACUUUGUGGCAGCACUGUCUGUGAAGAAGUGUGAUGAUCAGGAAGAAGCUUUUUAUAAUGCAAUGCAGAGAGACCUCAACAUUUACUUGCCAGCCAUGGAAAACCAGCUGAAUAUCUUGGACAUUCUCUAUGAAGUACAUGGUUUGGAGUCGGAUGAGGUGGUAUAAUCACAGUGACACAGUACCUCAAAACUUCAGGCACUGCAUUUGUUAACGAGCUUUUCUGAAUGCCGUUUCUCUUCGUUGUAUCUUUUCUUAGCAUGGAAGGUGGAGGAAUCGGUGUGCUUGUGUAUUUUUAAUCCUUGUUUAUGUUUAAAUGAAGAGGUGCUGUUUCUUUGAAGGCCGCAACUGUCUGCAUGGUGAAUACCUUUGGGCUAAAUAAUUCUUUUUUUUACAUGAAUAUAACAGAGCAGAAUUAGGCCUUGCUCCAGUGCAUACUACUGGCACCACACGUGUGGAGGGGCAGCUUUGAUGGGAGCACAGAUGCUGUGCUGAUGUCGUCAUUUUGCCCUCACCCUGUUCUGUGCCUGUCCAAGUUGUGAUGCUAGUCUCCAUUUCAUUGGUCUUCUCUCCAUCUGGGCAGCUCUAGCCCAGCCCCUCUGCUAGUGAGAGCUGUGCUGCACUGAUAGCAGAAGAGGGGGCAGUAGAACUCUCUACCUUAUUAACUGAGUGGUUAGUCUGGUCCCAUCUUGAGGUAAAUUUGGGUUGCAUCCUUGUGUUUUAUACUGGUGACUUGAUUUUACUCGCAGCCCUGUUUUAAAAAAAUGUAAAGGCUGUUACUGCAAGUGUUGCCUUGAUGGCCAGGGUCCCUGGGCCUCCCCUAAGAGUCAGCCCGUCACACUAGGCAUGCUCUCCCUGUGCUUUCCUAGGUCCUCCCACCUCCUCACAGGUCCAUGAAAACAGGAUUGUCUCUUCCAGUGCUACUAGGCACCUGCUCCUGGAGCUGUUCUACCAAGAAGCUCCUCCUGCCUCAUCCUGUGAGGGAGUGUGUGUGUGUUUGUGUGCAAGAGAGAGAGACAGAAAAAUAAUCCUUAAAUUCACUGUGACACCAGCCUUGUUGCUAAGGUCCCAGCAGGGGGAGGCCUCUACAUGGCAGAGGGAGAGAAGGUUGUCAAGAUGCAUCACCUUGAUCUUGGUACUAGUAUCUUAAGUGCUUCCUUUGCCCUUGUGUGGUUAACAAGGCUUUAGUGCUAAGUGCUGGAGCCAUUGGGCCAGAUCCUCAACUGAUGUAAAUUGGCAAAGCCCCAUUGGUUCCACUGGAGCUGCGCCCAUCUACAGUAGCUGAAGAUCGGUCCUGUUGUAUUUACCCUGGUAAUAGACAGAAUAAACUUUUCAAAAGCACCUAAGUAUCACUGAAAGUCAAUGGGACAUAGACUCGUAUCUAAGUCACAUAGGUGCUUUUGAAAAGUUUGCCUAUAGCCUUCUUUUUAAAGGGCCUAUUCAAAAUCAAAUCCCAUAACUGCUGCUGGGUAUUUGUGUGGUUUAAACACAACCAGCAAUCUAACAAGUUAUAUAAAAAUGCUUCUAGAUUAGCAUUUGGAGGAGGUGUGGGUGUUGGUUUUGUUUUUUGCUAAUGGGGGUUACAAAAGGCUGGGUUUGAAAUGAGUCAGUCCUAGGGGGGGAGUAUAGUUCUUCAUAAAACCAUCACACAUUAGUGCAGUUCUUUAUAUAAUCCAAAAGUGUCUAGGUUUGACAGCGAAUUAAGGAUAAUGGGGAUUUUUGCCAUGCUUUCCUCCCACUGACACGAGUAAAAGUCCACUGGUACUGUUGGAGUCAAGAAUGAAUAGCUUUCCCUGUAGUUAGUCAGAUGAUUAAAAAGUGAAAUUUGACCUCGUAUAGAGGGCCAGCACAAGGUAUUUGGACUAUUUAGUCCCACUUCAGGGUUUAAGUAGAUCUUUAGUGCAUAGGACUUUUGCUGGUAUUCUGCAUGGGGUGAAUUUCACAUUGUACAUUGGAGAGAAGGGAGGAACACUUCAGAAUGAAGGCCUUGGGAAAGUGGUGAGCCAUUAUAAAUAGAGGAGAAAACAACUCUUCAGAGACAUUUUGAAAUUUUUGUUGCCAUCUCGCAGGAGAAAUGCUUUUGCUUAGAUCCAGCAAAUCAAGGAUACCAAGAGGAUUCUAGUGAUGUGCAAUGCACCCUGUGCCUGGAUGCCUAUAGAACAGGUUGUUUAAGCAUAAUUCCAUGGUUGAAGCACAGCUAUAUUCUUAGCACUCAAACCGCUCUAUCCAGAGGACACUAAAAAUUUUGAAGAAAGCACAAAACAGCUAUAGGAAAAGACCAAAAACUUUAAAUUUGGUGCCUGAGGGAGACACCAAAAGCAAUAGAUAAAUAGUAAUUGGCUUGAUGUUUUUUUUUUCAGAGCUGUGGGUGCUGAGCCCUUUUGAAAAUUGAGGCAUUUUCUAUUCAUGCUUACAUAUAGAAUUGAAUAUUUUUUGGCCAGAGUUUGCUUCAGUUAUUCCACUACCUGCAGUACUAAGAAUGAAGCCAGGUACCCUUGGAAUUUACACAUGUAAUUCUCUUUAGCAUAAUGCUGAGUAAUCCACACAAAUGUCAGUAGAACAACUCCAGAUCCUGUCCCCCCAGUGAGUGGUUUCUUCAGGGUUACAGCUAAGGUUCUUCUCUGAGGUGAUGUGGGGAAGUUGGCUUGAUAGCUCUCCUCAGGAUGCUCUGGGAAGAUAGUGAUUGCACAAGUAGCGACUACAUUUUCACACACACCGUGGAGGAAAGGACUGAGAGAUCCUCUUAUAAAGUAAAUUUUAAAAGAAACAUUGUGAAGUUAGAAUGAAUAAAAAGUGGAAUUUUCUUUUGCUCCAAGCUUCUCUCACAGUGGGAGACAGUUCCCAGCAUUCACAUUUUUACCAGUGAGAAAAUCCAAACUCACUGGUGCAAAGAGGGGAAGAUCUUAAUUUCUAAAGUAGAACACCGUUAGCGACCUCAUUUGAAUUUUUUAACUUCAGAACUGGCAUUUUCCACCAAUCUUACUGCUUCUGAUAAACCAAUUACUGGCUUUGCAUAGGUGGGGCACACUCCUCUUCAGACGAGUUUCCUCGUCUCCAUUGUUCCUUGCAGAACUGGCGCUUUUACUUGCAAUUGGCUGGUCAGGGGCUUUCCAAGGAAACAGUGACAAAACUGAAAAACUAUUCAAUGUACCAGAUUGCCAGCCGUGGCCCAAUAUGUAGUCACUUAUUCUUUAUAAUUACUAAAUCAAAGGAAUCUUAUUCUCUAUUUUUCUGACUAACACCACUGAUAAUUUUAAAGUUCAAAGACAAAAACAUGUUGUUGUUGUUUUUCCCAGAGUGGGUUGACACUUUUUAGUUUUAAAAGAAUUUGUGUUUGCCUCACAGCUAAGCAACAAGCAUGCAUCUUGGAACUGAUCUGACAGCUACAAGAUUAAAAUGUGGUUUUACUCCCACAUGCUGAUACUGUUAUAGCCCUGUUUUGCAUACCUUACAUGAACGGCAUUGAUUUGUUAACCUUUAUCAGUAUGAAGUUUUACAUCUGUUUCCUUUAGAAAUGCUUUCAGCUAUUUCCUUUGUUUGACAGUUGCAUACUCUCAGGGAUUCUACAUAGCCAUGGCAAAAAUAUAGUAGGCUUACCAUACAAGGCUGCUUUUUGUGUGAAGUUGAUAUAGUUCAGUUCAGAACUCCAGCAAAAAGUAUGACACUAGCACAGACUAUCCAAUGCACAUGUUUGCUAAAACGUGAUACAUCCCAAAGCAAUCUGAUACUAAUACUAUAGAGAACAAUAGCUGUCAGCAUAUUUUAAUAAAGGUCAUAUCUCUUUGUAAUACUGUGUCACUGACAUUAGAGCAGAGCUCCCCAAUAAUUCAAAUAGAGAGUUCUGCUUAGAAGUGGAUGAGCUUUUAUUUGAUUUGAUUUUGCUAUUUUUAAAACAAACGUACUCUAGCAUCCUUUUCAAUACUUUAACACACCAUAAUCAACAGUUGCCCGUGCCUGCACCCUAGCAUCAAGGCACCAGGGGUAUUUUCUGGUGAACUAUUAAUACUCAAGUGUUUAGAGAUAUAGAUUAAUGGAUCACUGAAACAUACCCAGGCAUCUCAUCUUGAUGUUAUAGUAUGGCCCUUAACUUUUAAAAGCAAAAUUUUAAAUUUGAAGUUAAUUUUAAACAAGUGUUUGGUAUUUUAAGGGCCAUAUGCUUUCACUCUUAGUAAAAGUAAUUUAUAGUAAAUCAAUAGUUUGGGCUAAAGUACAGUCACUGUUUACAUUACAUUGCACAUAUUUCAUGGUUUAAGAAUUGUCAAACUUUUUUUUGUAGUUGCGAGAUUUUAUGUAUUUAAAUAUGCUGCGGUAUUCUCCAGAACGGGUCUAACGCUGUAGCUUAUGCCUACGUCGAUACUGCACUUCCCGGGUGUGUGGCCAUUAUAGAAUACUUUUUUUUUAAAUAAGUGUUCCGCUCAUUCAGUGGACUUCCUCUCCUCACUUGUGCUCCGAACUUCUGUUUGGUUUUUGCAACAGGUGGUUAAAAGAACCCUGGGUUCCCUUGAGGCACUGUUAUGAGCAAUAGCCAAGCCCUUGCAGGGCUAAAAACUGCCAUUCACCCGACCUCUCCAUGUCAUGCCUGCUUUGCAGCCAGCUAUGCUGCUUUCAGGCUACAGUGUCUCCUGUGCAAAGCUAAAAUGGGGAGUUUGAAACAGCCACAGUGCCAGUGUAUUAAAGUGAUUAAAAACAGAGACUUUGAAGACGGGCCCAAGCUCAGAGCUGAACAGCCAAGCGAAAGGGGGCUCGUGAAGAAUGUGCUGCCCUUCUUUGAAGUGUCUCUCCCUGGUACUGCAGUGCUUUGCUAAUCACAUUAAAACUCUGGGAAGUUUUAAUUUGACCUUUGAAAUCUAAAUCAAGACACUUUAGUAGUGACAGUUUCUAGCUCUUAUUGGUGAAAGCACAGUUUCAAAGAUGGACUCAUUUCUCUCUGCUUGCCUGCAAAGUGCUGAUAAGAAGGCAAGGUGAGAGAGAAGGGACAGCUGAAUCCAGGGCCCCACUACCCUGAAAAAACUAAAGGCUUUAGGCUUCCACGUGGUCUCCAAGUGUAUAAAAAUCAUUUGUGUAGCAGGGUAGCAUUGUGGGAGGGGACGGAUUCCUAGCACACAAGUGAGACUAUCCCAUGAUAAGUCUGGAAGUACCCAUGGUUCAUGUGGGGGUUUAAACAGUGCUCUGAAAUCAAAAUGGCCAAACUAAUGAACUUGAAAACUUGGACCUCAUGAUCUAGAGCAGUGGUCCCCAAACUGUGGGGUGCACCGCCCUAGGUGGGCGUGGAGGAACAUUUGGAGGGGAUGCAGCGGGGCCCAGGCCAGCCCCCACUGGGGGUGGGAUGGGAGCACCACCCAGCACUGCUCGGCUCCCUGCCGUGGCUCCCAGCCCCAGCUGCAGCUCCUGGCCCCAGCCAUGGCUCUGUUCGUGACUCUGCUCCCGGCUGUGGCUCCAGCCCCUGGUUCCCAGCCCUGCCAUGGCUCUGGCCUCAGCCCCAACCGUGGCCACGCUCCGCUCCUGGCUCCCAACCUUGUCUAGGGGAGGUGGGGGGCACCGUUAGAGGGGGAGGUCACGAGGUAGAAAGUUUGAGGCCCAUUGGUCUAGAGUUUAAUUUUGCCCCUGAUUUAGGAAGGUCUUCCUGUUCAGGACUGCACUUAAGCAUGUGUUUAACUUUAAGCACACAUCUAAGGACUGUCCUGAACAUGGAUGGACUAAAGCAGAUGCUUAAGAGUUUUCCUGAAUUAGGGUCUAAAACCGAUGUGUGUGUGUGUGUGUAUGUAUAUGUGUGCACACUUGUGCAGAUGCCUGAUUUAAGCACACAAAUCCCCAUUGCAUUAGACUGCAUACUUGCUCAAGAUGUGGAUGUUAGCUUUUUUAAAUAUACUUAUCUUAUUCUAUAACAAGAGAGACACCCCAGGAGUGCCAAAGGCUUAUUUCAUAUAUUAAUUUUCCCUGUUUCAAUAUCCUGACUAGGUUUUAGCACUAAGCUUGUUUUAUCCUAAUUUAUGUCUUAACAUUCAGGGGCCCAUAUUUGCUCUUUGACCCCUUUAAACAAAAAUCUCAACAAUUUGAGGUUCCUGUGUAUUGUUGUGUUUUAUCAUGUCUCCAUGUAGUUAUACUCAAUUAAAGCAAGGAAAUCACACUCCAGAAUAAAAUAACAAAACUGAAAAGUGAAGUGUUUUGGUUGUGCAUUUUCCUUUCCCAGCUCCUUAAUUUUUCCAGGGACAUGUUGGACAUCAAUUUUAUGAACAUUAAAUUAGGCUUAUAGUGAGCAUUGCUUAGAUGUGUACUAUUUAAGAAGAGAGAAGGUACAUGGCCUUUUAUUUUAAUUUUACUUUGUCUUGACUGAUGAACAAAUCCCUCUGUGGUGUUAACACAUUGAUACUAGACCAAAUGAAAGCAGGUCUGGCAUCAACCUGCUUUUAAUCUAUGCUGAUUCUCUCAACAGAAUUAUAUUCCAUACUUUAGAUUUAGUUUGGUUGUUUUUUGUUUUUGAGAAAUGUUUGAAGACCUCUGUCAGAUUUUUAUAUUUAGUGAUAAUAAACUUAUUUUUAAAUAUGCCUA